AUGGCAUUGCAUAUGGUGACGAGCACAACUCACAUGGUUAAGGCCUAUAUGGGGUUGAAAGAAAUACCAGAGGAAGUAUUCUGGACCGAUUGCCUAGAGAGAGUCUAUUUACAAGGCAACAAAAUAGAAGAAAUUACACACGGCAUAUCGCCAAAUUGCCCUAAACUUACCAGGUUGUUGUUAAAUAACAAUGUCAUGUUGGGAAAUAUCCACACUUCUUUCUUCAGAAAUUUGAAGGUGCUGAAGAAUCUAGAUCUCAGCAACACCCGAAUCGCGGAAUUGCCGGAGUCCGUCUGUCACUUGGACAAAUUGGAAGUACUGCUACUGCGGAGGUGUCGGGCAUUAAAACUUAUUCCUCAUGUAGGAAAGUUGGGACACCUCAGAAAGUUGGACCUCCAAGGGUGUUCAAGCCUUGAUGAAGUGCCGGAGGGAAUGGAGAUGUUGGUCAACCUGAGGUACCUUGACUUAGAUGGCACAAAGAUCGAGACAUUAACACAAGGAGUGUUGGGGAAUCUGGUGAAUUUGCAAUACCUUAUGAUUAAAAAGGUGAGGGCAGGAGAAGUAGCAAAAUUAAAGAAGUUGGAAGCACUUGAUUGUUCUGUUCCCGACGUGGAAACAUUCAAUGCAUGCAUGAGGUUUCUUGAGCAAAAUAGUUCCCAACAAUACAAGCUUGUGAUGGAUGCACCGUAUCACUGCGAGUCUCAGACUUACAGGCGUAUAUUCAUCAAUAGUUGUGACCAUAUCAUUGCAAGCAUAGAUGGAACAAGCAGUGAUCACUGUGCUCUUAUUCCAGAAAGUGUGCAAUCAUUGGGAGUGUCCAGGUGUCAUAAAUUGAAGAGUGUGAUGGGAUGGGAGUGGAUGAUCACUCGCUUUUCAAAACUGGAGGAGAUUAUUGUAUAUAACUGUGAUGAAUUAGAGGAGAUAAUUAGUGGGUCACUACCAAGCGGUGCCACUUGUUUUCUCACAUAUCUCGAAGUAAACGGAUGCAACAACAUGAAGAGGCUGCUGACGCAAGACAUAUCGCUUCACCUCCUUUUCCUCCUAGAGAUAUCAAUCGAAGACUGCAAGGGCAUAGAGGUGAUAAUAGGCACUGCCAACAUGACGCACUCUUUCCCAAAGUUAAUUCACCUGGGUCCAUGGAAUCUUCCGGAACUGAAGAGCAUAUGUGAUGGGACCAUGGGUUGCAAUUCCCUCCGGUGGAUUUCUAUAUACAAUUGUCCGAAACUAAGGAGGAUUCCUCUGCAGCUGUCCCUACUUGACAAUGGGCUCCUUCUCCUCCCCCCUCUCUUUGGGAGAUUCGGAUAG